AAAAAAGGAAAGAGAGGAAAAAUAAAAAAUCUGCAGCCGCGCUGCGUCGCCAAGUCCUAACGAGACGCGCGACGCGGCACGAGCCGGGCGCUCUCCGCCACUACUCCUCUCGCCUCGCGGCCGCGGCGGCGCGCGUUGGGGCCGGACCCGGGCGAAUUGAGGCGGGGGGCGGGGGUUCGGUGAUGGGGAGGAUCUCGAGGCUGCUCCUGGUGGCGGCGCUGCUGGCGAUCGCCGCGGCGGGAGCGGGGGUAGCAGCGCAGGAGGAGGCGGUGGAUGUGGGGGAGGAGAUCGUGGUGGGGGUUAAGGAGGAUACGGCGGCGGCGGAGGCGGUGGCGCUCAGGGGGGAGCUGCAGCAGCUGAGGGAUAAGAUCUCCGGUUUAGAAUCAGGUAUCACAGAGCGAUCCCAGGAACUGAAGGUUAAGGAUGAUAGCAUCGCAAAGCUAGAGAAACUAAUCGAGGAGAAGUCACAAAAGAUUGCUUCUCUGCAGGGCGAGAUUACUUCCCUCCAGGCAAAGGGGUCUGUGGCUGCUGAGGAGCAGGUUGGCAAGGCCAACGCCCGGGCUAUUGAGCUUGAAAAGCAGAUUGACAAGCUCAAGAAGGAUAUUGAAGCACAGAGUGUCGAGAAAACAACUUUGGAGAAUAGGGCUAAUGAUGCAGAGAAGAAGGUGCAAGAGCUGACUGCAAAGGUUGAUGCACUUCAAAAGACAAAUGACAAGCAAAAGCGCAAGCUUCAAAACACAGAACGUGCCCUGAAAGUUGCUGAGGAGGAAUUAAUGCGGGUGCAUUUGGAAGCAACAACUAAGUCAAAACAGCUGACAGAGCUUCAUGGAGCAUGGUUGCCACCUUGGUUAGCUGCACAUUCUGCUCGGUAUAUGGAAGUGAUCUCAGGUCAUUGGAAUGAACAUGGAAAACCUGCUAUCAACACUUUUCUGCAAAAGGCAUCAGAAAAAUCAGCACAGGCAAAGAAAUGGGCUGAGCCACACGUGGAGACUGCUAAGAUGAAAUGGGUUCCAGUGAAGGAAAAAUUGGUCGUCCUCAAGAAAAACACAGAACCUUAUGUGCAAAAGGUCUCUUCAAAAUCAGUGGAGAUUUUUGAGGCAUCGAGGGAUGCGGUCACACCUCAUGUUGUGAAAGCUAAAGAGCUUGCUGAUCCCUACUUCCAGGAAGCCAAGAAGUUCUCCAAACCCUACAUUGAUCAAGUUGCUGAGGUUACAAAGCCACAUGUUGAGAAAGUUAGAACUACUCUUAAGCCGUAUACUGCAAAAGCAGUUCAUGUCUAUGGGACAUUUCUUGAGUCAGCAACCACAUACCAUCGGCAGGCUCAAGCAACCAUAUUGGACUACCUGCACCAACAUGAGAUAACAAAAUCACUUGCGACAAAGGAGUUGGUUUGGUUCCUGGCUUCUGCUUUGUUGGCUGUUCCUGUGUAUGUCAUAUACAGACUUCUAAUGGAAGCAUUCUGCACUAAGAAGCCUAAGAGACCUCCUCAUGGCGGUAACCAUGGCCAUAGGAGACACAAGCGCCGGCAUGCUGAUAAAUAGACACUUGUGGGGUACCAUGGGGGUUCAACCGUUAUUUAGGGUUGCAGCAAUGGUGCAGAUCUUGGGAGCAGAAUUAGCAAUGGUGGAAGGAUAUAUUUGGGUCAUGGGCAACCCUUGCUGCGGAAAGUGCUGUAUACCACCAUAGUUUUCCUCUCUUUUGCUUUUCUUAUUUUCCCCCAUUGUAUCUUUGUGUAUGAACUUGUGUUGCAGCGGCCUUUUGUAUCUGCAUUUUGCCGAGGUUUACCGGUAAACCUCGCGUUUAGGCGUUUGUUUUUAUUGGUUAUUGUUUCCUGUAACUUUGUUAAUGCGUGCCUGAUAUUUAUUUGGUUUUUGUUUGGAUGGACCUAUACUAAUACAGUUUCUGUCCAGCAACCUAUUGUGCAUUUCACGUAACAGUAAGAUAAACUAUGCAUGCAUGCACCAGUAGAAUGAUUAAUAAAACUG